AACACUUGUCUGCGACUUGUGCUUCACCGCAGUAUCACCGGAGCCUCAUCGGCAGGGUGAACGCUCUCGCGCUGUUGCUCUUGUAUUGCUUGAAUUCGCGUCGUCUGCUACUUGACAGCAGUGCACCGGACGAGAAUUUCUGUGCUCGCAACUUGUGUUGUCCCGCCAUCUGAGGAUUACCUUCGUACCCACGUAACGGAUUGCGCUCGGCGAAAGUGUGCAUUCAGGCUGAACGUGCUGAAGAAGGCCACGCCCUGCUUUACUUUAGGAGAUAAGCAGCGUUGAAGGGAGGGAGCCAAAUUACGCAGGACCCCUUCCGAGUGCUUCAGGCUGUCUUGAAGACUGGAAGGCCACAGCUCCUGCUCGUCAGGUCGCACGCGGCCGACAAGUUCAGCAUGGCGUGCCGCAACGGCGUGGUACGGACACACGAAACAACAUGCGGCCUCGUACACAGAGCAGCGUAGCACACCUUGCACACGACAACCAACCACAAUGACAAUGCGUAGGACUCCAUUGACAUCACCAUGUUCAAAAGUGUCCAGAACUGACAAAGAAUGCGCUUCCUUCGCGUCACAGUUCGUGCGAGUGGUGCUGACGUUAGUGUUAGCCUCCCUGUCUGCUUCAGCGUCGAGGCACACCAGGGUGCUGGAGAAAGAUCUGGAUGGCAAAAUGGAAAGGUUCAGCCACCCCGGUACAACGCAUUUCGCCGAACUGCUGUUCGACAUCCACAGGUACCAGCUCAUCGUCGGAGCAAGGGAUCACAUCUUCAGGAUAGGCUUGGAAGGUCUCAGAAAGCUAGAGGACGUCAACGUUCCCGCUCCCAGUGCCGCUGUUAAAACGUGCAGGAAAAAAGGCCAGAGUGAUGAGGACUGCAGAAAUUACAUCAAAGUUCUACUGUCGCACAAUGACCGAGUGUUCACGUGUGGCACCAACGCAUUUGAACCGGAAUGUACAUGGAGACAAAUAUCAUCCCUGGCUACUGUGGAACAACGGGAAACGGGAGUUGGAAAGGCCCCGUACAGUCCGCAUUCCAACAGUACAGCACUGUUAACGGUGCAAGGUGACUACUAUGUAGCCUCACCGCUGGAUUUUUCUGCACGUGAUCGCGCCCUCUACCGGAUUAUGGGGAAAUCGCCUUUCCUGAGAACUCCUCUGUACGAUCCAAAGUGGCUCAGUGAGCCCAACUUUGUUGGUUCUUAUGAAAUUGGAGAAUUUGUCUAUAUCUUCUACAGAGAGUCAGCAGUGGAGUACAUGAACUGUGGCAAGAAAAUAUACUCCAGGGUAGCUCGUGUCUGCAAAAACGACCAAGGUGGAAAGUUCACCAUGAAGGACAACUGGACGACUUUUCUAAAAGCACGACUCAACUGUUCCAUGCCUGGAAACUAUCCUUUCUACUACGAUGAAAUACAAAGUGUGCACUACGUGGAGAACGAAGACAUGUUCUAUGCAACUUUUACCACCGGAGAAAACAGCAUUUAUGGGUCAGCGGUAUGUGCAUUUAACAUGUCAGCCAUAAAACAUGCGUUUGAUGGCCCCCUCAAGUACCAAGCCACUCCAAAAUCAGCAUGGGACCGCGCAACGCAGUCCAGUAAACAGUUCCAAUGUGGGCAGUCGGACGACAACAACCAGAUCCUGGAUGCACGGAAUUACCAACUCACGGAUGAACCUGUUCAGGCAGCAACAUCAAAGCCAUACUAUACAUCAGAGCUUGAAAGGUUGACACACAUUACGGUAGACGUUGUGCCAACAAAAUAUAAUCACGAUGGCGUCCACGUUAUUUUCGUGGCAACAUUGGAAGGUGGCAUUAAAAAGCUUCUAGUGAUACCGAGGGUACUAGAGACAUGCCUCAUUGAGGAAAUAUAUCCCUUCCAGCCCGGAAUGCAUCGCAUCUUUUCUAUGAAGUUACUGAAGGAUACUAGCUCCCUAUAUUUGGGAACAGAUAAGGAGGUGCUGAGAAUUGUACUCCACCGGUGUGAGCAGUAUAGGUCUGAAGAGUCCUGCUUGGGUGCCAUGGACCCUUACUGCGGCUGGAACAAACACCAGCUAGCAUGCACAACUGCCCCACAAAGAAACCCGCUGAGUAGUGUGUGGAAGCAAGGCCAAACUUCAUGCCCUGAGGACAACGUGCCAGUUGACGGAGGCUGGAGCCCAUGGACCGCCUGGUCUGACUGCGACCAAGUUGGUAAAGAUGCCACUGGCGACAGGUGUCUCUGUCGAUCUCGGUUCUGCACCAACCCAUCACCAUCGAAUGGUGGACGGACAUGCGAGGGCCAUGCAACAGAAGUUACUAACUGCACACGAAAUGGCCAGUGGACAGAAUGGUCCCCCUGGUCCUCGUGUUCACAGUCGUGCGGCCUCGCGGUCAAAUCGCGGAGGCGGACGUGCGGGAACCCGAGCCCGGCACACGGAGGAAGAGUUUGUCUCGGACCAGAGCAGGAGCAGCUCUACUGCACCUCAAAUCCACCAUGUCCGGUACCCACAACAGCUGCCACGGUCUCACGUGAAGGUGGAUGGUCCGAUUGGGGCCCCUGGACCGAGUGCACUGCACGGUGUGGUGGUGGUUACCAGUCACGGCGCAGGCGCUGCGAGCCUAAAGUUCAGGGAGGCCGCUGCGGAGGGGGAUGCGAUCACGACUUCCGCACGUGCAACACCCACACGUGCCCGGAGACGAGGAAGUCAUCCAACUGGACAGCGUGGGUGAGAGUGAACACGACGGUGGACGGCUACUACGAACAGCGCUUCAGGUUCACCUGCCGUGCCAACGUAGAGGACAGCAGUUCGCUUCGAGUGGGCAGCAUCAAGAAAGAAGAGCGUUACUGUCAUGAUUCUUCGAGGACCUGCAUGGACACUGCGUACAUGAAUAUUGACGGAAACUGGUCCGAGUGGACGCAAUGGACAGAAUGCUCCGUUCCCUGUGGCCGAGGGGUGCAGCAUCGCGAGCGGGUUUGUGACAACCCACGGCCAUCUGGAUCUGGAUCAGAAUGCCAAGGGAUCUCCAAAGAGCAACGUGAAUGCAACACACACGAGUGCCUGACACUCCCUAAUCCCCAGGAGGACGAAUGGACUGAAUGGUCGGUGUGGUCUCUCUGUGACCACAGCGGCGAGCAACACAGACGGAGGACAUGCAUCAUCCUCAACCCAGCGCCCGAGCAGUGCAAAGGCUCUACACGAGAAAGCCGCAUGUGCGUUGCGGGACAGGAAAUGCCACUGACACCAAACGUACGGGAGUCCUGCGCUCAAGGAACUGGUAUUCGACCCGCGCACUUAGUGGCAGCAUGCACUGUUUCGGUUUUCAUUGGAUUCCUUGUGGGAGCUGCGGCCUGCUAUUGGUACAUGAAGAAACGCACCCAUUCUGACCCCCUCAGUCCCAAGCACUUGGGCAUGCCACUGGUGCAAGCUGAAGGAAAUACCUACGUUCCAGCGUCACAGUACAAAAACAACUUCUCGACACUCACAUCGACGGCAACAUCGCCGAGCAAGCUACAGAGAGAGGCCACCAUCAAACGCAAUGGCUUCCGAGCUCAGAUACACUCUGACCAGAACUUCUAAACAUCGAAAGCCUCGAUUCAAGCUGCGUGUUAGAUGCGAAAUCAACGUGAAAGAUGAGGUCCUAACACUUUGCAAUGUUUGACGGAUAAAUAUUAUGCGUCCAGGUGACAAACUAGUCUCAGGUGGCAGAAGAAUGUGCUCUGCCGUGCCUAUGAAGAAAAAGAGUAUACUUAAGCGUGAUAAAGAGAGAGAGUGUCAAAAAAGGGCAGUCAAAGGAUAUGAAAGUGCAAGCACCGGAAAUAUUUCACAUCAGUUCAAGAAGCUAUUUUUCUCAGCGUAACUCACGUGCAUGAACCAGUCUGAAGCUGGAGAUGCUAAGAUAUGGCUAACAUACUGCUGUGUUUUCACCACAGAUUUCAAAGUGAGACAACAUGCUUCUACUUCAACGGAUACGUUAAAUUUUUUAACGAAAACUUGUCGUUUUUAGAAAAAUUAUAGGCUCGAUUUGAAGGUUGUUCACCCGGUUAGAGGGCAGCCUCACUGUCGUAGCACCAGGUUGUGUUCACUGUUAUGCUGAAUUGUAGAGCAGGAUGUGUGCAGAGGCACACACCUGGUGUUGUGUUGUUUACGUACAUCCUUACCCCAGCCUUGCCUGUAAUCCAGCACAAUUCAUGCAGAAAAGAAACUGCUCUGCACACUGCCAAAUAUUUUUGAUAGAAGAAGUUGUAAAAUAUUUCUAAUCAAGGCUGAAUAGUUUAGCAUUUUCGGUGAUUUUUUUCCUUCUUAUUUUUUUUCUCCACCUUUGAUGCAGCUCGAGAAGUGCCAUAAAUGUGUGGACCUUUGUCCGCGCCAAGUGUACUAUCGGGACCGAACCAAGACCCGUGAACUGAGACUGUAUUGUGUGUUAUGUGCACUGAAGAGACUGCACGAGAACAUUUGUGAGAACACUUCUGAACAUGUGUAAAAACACUCGCAAGAAGUCACAAGGAAGGCGUGUGAAGCUAUUUCAGCGGGGAGCAACUGGACAAAAAAAAUGUGGAGUGCGUGGUGACCUUCGGGAAAACUGUGUGUGAAUGUGUCUUUGUGUCGUAUGUUGUGGUAUCUACGUGCCUUCUUCAUACUGUGACCAGCAUAACCACAUUACACUUGUCGUCAUGCUUUGAUCACACCAAAUUUGUACAUAAGAAUAUUGCUACAUAUGUAAAUACUGCAUGAACAUGAACCUCUUUUAUUGUACAAAGUAAAAAGGUAUACUACGUGAACAUAUUGAUUGUAUAUGUGGCACAAAGAACAAACGAAUUGUUGUCUGCUACUCUCUGUCAAGUGCCAAAAGAAUGUUUAUGUGCUCUUACGCUGUUAAGUCGGAAAACUCUAUGUUGUGAGCAGGUGGUUGUACAGAAUGUUGCGAUGCAUUUGAAGGGUCCAAAUUUUACCAGUUCCUUCCAAUAUAACAGUUUUUUAUGGAAAAAUUCCACCCACAAAAGUGUCUUUAACCAAACACACCCUGUGAAAGGUGCAUUCUGUCUUUGUUAGCCUAGCAAUGAAAAGAACAUAUCUCAAGCACCAGUUCGGGUUGCCCGCACGUGACAGAACCUGCUUUUAUGCUCACUAUGAAGGCAUCACAACUUUACAAGUGCAUUUAAUAAAGCUGUGUAAUGUA